GGCGCGGCGGUGUGUGAGCCCCGUACUGACCCGCUCCGGCACCCCCUCACACUCCUCCUAACCCCUCUCACAACACUACCACCAUAUCUUCGCAAAUGAAGUCUGAAAUGACAGAUGACCUUGAUGUUGAUGCCAUGUUAGAGGCUCCAUUCAAAAAGGAGAUAACCUAUUCAGUCACUGUCUCCCACCCUCCAUGAUAAAACGGUCGUGAGCUCGAAUACUGUGCUCCCACCACCGCCAGAUGCUGGCGCUGGCAAGCUCACAACACCGAGGGAUCUCGCUCGUUACUCACUCCACUCAACACCCACCACCUUAAAUUGACCACAAUAUUUGUUGUUUAUGUGUCAUGAGGACAGUCAGUAAAACAGGUAUAACCUUGAAGAAAAUGUUAAGUUAUGCUGUGGUCAGUCUGAUCUUAUAUUCCACUUUUUUUUUAUUAUUAAUUUUCCUCUUGUGCUGUGACUGGUGCAUGUGUUGUAUAUUGAUGCAAUAUAACUUCACGUGGCGUCAAGGCUCCAGUCUAAAGUUUGCGUUUUGCAGGCGGCCGUGCCUUGGUUGGACCCUACGGCUAGAGAGACAUCAGGACAGAGGAUCCUCAUCAGUAGACGCCAAGCCCAAGGAAAAUGGACACACAUCCUCAAAAGACAAAAAAGACAAGGAUCGGGACAAAGAUAGUCAUAGGGAUAGGGAAAAAGAUAGAGAUAAGAAAGACAGAGAUAGGGAUAGAGAUCGGGACAGAGUUAAAGACAAAGAUAAGGACAGAGAUAGGGACAAAGAUAGAGAUAGGGACAAGGACAGAGGAGAUAGGGAUAAAGACAAGGACAGAGACAGGGACAAAGACAGGGAUAGACGAAGAAGAUCACGCAGCAAGUCACGCGAUAAAGACCGCAGAAGGAAAACAAAGAGCAAGUCUCGUGACAGGGAAAAGAGGAGAAAGUCUCGCUCACGUUCCAGGGACAAGGAUCGCAGGAAAAAGUCGCGUUCUCGAUCUCGUGACAGGCGUCGUAAAUCACGAUCCAGGGAUCGUAGACGCAGUAAGAGUCGUAGCCGUGAUCACAGGAGGAGAAGCCGUAGUCGGGAUCGGGAUCGAAGACGGAGUCGUAGCAGGGAGCACAGACGUUCCAGAUCAAGGAGUAAAACGCCUAAAACAGAAUUGACAGUAGAAGAGAGAGAUGCUCGGACAGUGUUCUGCAUGCAGCUAUCUUCUCGUAUCCGGUCACGUGAUCUGGAGGACUUUUUCUCAGUUGUAGGGAAAGUAAAUGAUGUUCGUAUUAUCACAGACACAAAGACACGCAGAUCAAAAGGAAUUGCCUAUGUUGAGUUUUGUGAAGUAGAAUCCGUACCAUUGGCUUUGGGACUGUCAGGUCAGAAGAUACUCGGUGUGCCGAUUGUAUGCCAGCCAACGCAAGCCGAGAAAAAUCGCGCUGCCUCAACAGCAGCGGUACAAGACCAGAAAGCUGCUACAGGUCCAAUGAGACUUUAUGUGGGGUCUUUGCAUUUCAACAUUACUGAGGACAUGCUAAGGGGCAUAUUUGAACCUUUUGGAAAAAUUGACCACAUUCAACUCAUAAUGGACUCUGAGACUGGAAGAUCAAAAGGUUAUGGAUUCAUUACAUUCCACAAUUCCGAUGAUGCGAAAAAGGCCUUGGAGCAGUUGAAUGGCUUUGAACUAGCUGGGAGGCCUAUGAAAGUAAACCAUGUCACAGAACGCUCUGAAACACAGCAGGGAACAUCACUUCUUGAUUCAGAUGAAAUGGAGAGAGCAGGCAUUGAUUUAGGUGCAACAGGGCGCCUUCAGUUGAUGGCCAAGUUAGCAGAGGGAACUGGUCUUCAGCUUCCUGCAGCAGCUGCCAAUGCUUUACACAUGCCUGCGCAACCACAGCAACAGCCAGCACCGCCCAUUGCUACUCAGUGUUUCCUUCUCUCCAAUAUGUUUGAUCCUUCAACGGAAUCUAAUCCUAAUUGGGCAGAUGAAAUUAGAGAUGAUGUUUUAGAAGAAUGUAACAAACAUGGUGGCGUUCUGCAUAUAUUUGUGGAUAGACAGUCUGCUCAGGGUAAUGUCUACGUCAAAUGUCCCACCAUAGCAACCGCUGCGGCCUCUGUUAACGCCCUGCACGGACGAUGGUUUGCCGGUAAAAUGAUAACUGCAGCAUAUGUUCCUGUUAUGAGUUACCAUUCCCUGUUCCCCGAGGCGAUGACUGCAUCACAGUUGGUGUUUCCACGAUGAGCCAGUAGCUGCAGUACACUGAAUUGCAUUUCUUUAUUUUGUUAUUGCACCAUCAUUAUGGUGAUGACUAUUUUCAUCUCAUGUUUUCCUGGGAUUUUUAUGGUACCUGUAAUAGUGAUGCAAGGAUUUGUUUUCAUUACUGUCAUGAUGUAUUCCGACCAGGUUAUUUAGUAUUUUCUCAUGCUGGUCAGUUUUGCACUAAAAGAACUAGUUCUGUGUGAUUAGUUAUCGGGAGGAAGUUAAAAGAGUGGGAACAUGGCAAAUUGGAUUAGGCAUAAAUUAAAAAAAUAAUUUAUGCAAAAUUUAGGAAAAUUGGCAUUGUAUUUAUGUAUACCUACGUAAGUUUAAAACUAAUUUCAGUUUUACUGAAGAGCUUAUUCACACAGUUUUGAGUGUUUAUUUUCCCUAAUUAAAAUGAGAAAGGUACUGAUAACGAAAGAUACAAAUAUUAGGGAGCAAAAAUAAAAUAAUUUUUUUUUUUUUUGAAGUUUUUGCUUUUUGUUGAUCAGCAAGCAUUAAGAAAACUGGUGUUACAGUAUUUAGAUCACGUUAAAAAGUUCCAGAUUAUGUAUUGGCCAACAUUAUUAAAUGUUGACAAUUGAAGAAAAGAUUUGACCAAUGACGAGAGCUUUUUAACUGCUGGAAAUUCUUCAAAUGUUGACUUAAGUCAUUAGUUAAUACAGUAUAUUGCUAUUUUUUCAAGUGAAAUUAAUGUACAAUGUUGAUAGAGAAUUUAUAUGAACCAUACUGCACAGUUUGAUUUCAAAUGACCUGUGUGUGGAUGGAGUGUAUAUAUAUAUGUAUAGAUGGGUAUAUAUGAAUCCCUUCAUUUGAGUCAUUUUGUGCUUGUAUAAAUAAACUACAGUUUUACUCUUUUUAUUUUUCUUAUACUUCAUACCACUGAAUUAAAAAUGUCUUGUAAUACAUUGUCAACUUUAUAAAAUUAAGUUAAUGACCAAAUUUUUUUUUAGUCAUAGAGAUAAUGGGGGGAGUAUGAGAGCAAGUAUGCCGUGUGGGGUCAAAAAGGGAGUUUAAUAGAGCUGCUAUAAAGAAAAAUUUUUUGGAACAAAUCUUUGCUUCAGGUUUGGAAAUUGAGUGGAUAGAAAACAGUGGAGAACUAAACUUUACAGUACAGUACUGUAUUUUUUGUGACAUGGAGUACAAUGUGAGGGCUGGCUCUUGUAUUGUGUUGAGCAAGGGAGGCAUGUCAAACUGCGGAGUGAACGUGUUACAUUGUCAAACUUGAUAGGUAUGUAUUUUAUCCUCUUCUAAAAUUGAUUAUGUAUCCCCUUAUUGCCAAAUGUUAAAAAAACAACUUUUUUUUCCCAUUAGGAAUUUAUUAUCUUAAUGACUCAACUUAUUGACUCAAAACAAUUAUUUAAAUGGUGAUAUCUUUAGUACUUUUUUAUUGAUUUGAAAUGCGAAGAACAUUUGUCGGAAUACUAAGCCAAGUGGCCUCAAGAACAACGGGCUAUCGAUUCAAACUAUAAAGACAGUACAGUAUACCAAAUAAUUUUUUUUUAAUUAUUUUCCUUUGCACACAGGCAUGUGGAAUAAAUGAAAUGAAGAGGUAAUAUGCACUACAAAAAAUAAACACUUAAAUCAUAAUGACUACCAACUAAAGUGAAUUUCCAAGAAACUUUUAAAAAGCAUGAUUUAUAUUGUUUUAUAAUUUAUACUAUAUGCACAAGGUCAUGUUUUGUUGGGGUUAGAAAUCAAAAUAUUUUGCAAUUGCAAAACUGGACUGGUAAAAUGAUAGUCCGAUCCCAAUUUGCCCCCCCGAGAGCCAGGUGAUACUGUACUGCCGUUGAUAAUCCCAGAAACUGUCUGCUAAUUUGUAUCAUAGUGGACCCUGAUCCAAAUCACUGAUCUGAUUUAUUAAGAAUUUUCCCAUAAAAUUAUUUUUACAUUAAUUUAAGUCUACAUCUUCAUAGAAUUAAAAUUACACUGAUAAAUUUCAACUUGAUCUUGGAGUUAUCUUGAUCACUGAAGGACUCUUAUUCUGUACAUUAACAGUAACUUGACUAUAAAUGACUACAAAUGCGUGGCAAAUUGUUUCAACUACCAUCUGCUGAAACGUAAGUGGUUGAAUGCCUUUGGCUUUUUAAGAUCUUGCCAAAUAAAUAUCUAUUUUGACCA